AUGGUGGGUCUGUUGUAUGCACACCAGAUCUACUACUCUAUCUUCUUCAUGUCCAAGAUCAUUCAAGCUUACCGUGAACUAUAUAGAAAGAUCGGUAGGCUUCCUUUGGAUGUUAAAAGCAUCAGCCUUUUCAAGCAGCUGUUGCGAUAUGAGUUUCUGUCGAAAAGAAGCUUCCACAAAUACGCCGGUGUGGAUCCUAAAAAGUACACCUCGAUGGUUUCACUUCUAGAUGAUAUCUUGAUUUACCGCAAAUACAAGAGGAUCCCUGAACUCCUAGAUGAAAUCUACAAGAGAAAAAUUCCUUCUCCCUCGUGGGCCACAGAGUUCUUUUCGACCAAGUAUAGCGCAUGGAAACCAUUUUGGCCGCAUGUGCACCUCAUAUAUGAAUUCGGCAACGAGAAGAGCAUUUCCGUUUAUCGGAAGGAACUUUCGAGAAUGGAACCAGAAAACAGCUUUCUGUUAAUGAAAGAGUUGGCGCUUAGCUUACCGAAAAAUGACAUUCCGUUGACUCCCCUACCUAGACGAACUCUGUCGUCUCGCCCUAUGGCGGAGCUUCUAAAGAAAGUUCAAGAAUUUCACGCAUUUAUUUCCAAGCAUGCUAAUAUCUUGCUGGAUGUGAAAAUAUACCCAUUAGAGAUACAUUUCGAGCCUUCAAGAUUGGGUUUACCUCUUAGUAUCGCAGUGAGAGAGAAAAAACUCAGAGACAAGGUUUCCUAUGCAAAGCAUCUACUACGUACAUACAAACCUUUGGAUAAAGAAGACUUGGACCAUCUUAUUUGCAUUGCUACCGCCAAAGACACUGACCAGCACCACACCAUUAAUGAUAAUUUCAGACGAUACAUGCUUCGUGUAAGCAAAUCGAGAGCGGUAUCACCUUAUGAGAAAAAAUAUGUUUGGCAAAAACGCCUAAUUCCAAACGAAAGAAACAUUCGCUUCUACUACAGACAAUAUGUCAUGGGCCAAUUUUAUGUCGAUAACGCGGGAAACUACCAGAUGAGUCCCGCUAAAAACUUUUAUGACUAG